AUGCAAAUGACGACAUCGCCCUUCGCGUUGCUUCUGGUUGCGUAUAUCCACGUCAACGGCGAUGGCAUCAAUGUCAAUGAUGCUUUAUGCGAGGCAGCAGUCAAUCAGCCUGGCGACCUCAUCCUUCUCCAGGUGGAGAAAGCCAUCGGCCUCAAUGCGACCUCGAAGAAAGCAGAAGUGGAUGAUGGAGUUAAUGUCUCGGGAUGGAUGCCCCUAGUUCGCAUACCUUUAUUCAGUGUGAUCCUGAUGGUUGCGCAUGGAUGGCUUUUCCGGCCAUGGAAGUCGCUUUUCCUGGUCCUCAUCCCAGUCGUACUGGCAGCAGUCCCGGCAGAUCUUGAGGGAGUGUCCGACAACCGAGAUCGGCAAUUUGUGCUGGCAAAAACCUUCUCUGUCGCAAUUAUUCUGGAAUUCGGAACAGCCGUAUGCGUUGCCUAUGCUCCACAACAAGCUGCCUGGCCCCUGAGCGGCUUCGUCUAUCGCUGCUGCGCCUAUCUGAAAGGCUAUCACUGGCCCUGGAUGUUUCUGUACUUGGGCCUGUGCGCGAACAUCCUGGAGGCCGUACUGCUCGACCUGGCAAACCAGAACUACUCGAACGUGGCCGCGGGGCUGCUCCUCAUCGCAAGCACCCCGCUGCCGGGAACCUGGCUUUUCCAGUACCCCAUGGAGAUGAUCCAGAAGCAUGGCAUGACUCGGCAGGCUGACUUACAGGGACAAGAUGCCACCGAAGACGAGGUGAGAGCUCGAGUUUCGGACUGGCACAUUGCGCUGAUGGAGCACAAAGGCAGUUCAGCUCCUUUCGGUGACUUGUGCUGCCGGCUACCUGUGUCCUGGGUCUGGCUCUACACAUCAUGGAAUGGCUGCGUCUUGUUUAAGAGCCUGGAUGAGAAGCUUGUGGCCCUGUUGCUGGCCCCUCUCCUUGAGAGCUUCCGAAUUCGUUAUGUGCAGCAACGCCAUGGAGUUGCCCUAAACCCAUGGGAACACCUGUACUGGCUUCAAGCACGUACAUUCAGCCUGUGGUUGUGGACGGCUUUCCAGGGCCCCUUCCACCAGGUGCUCGCUACGCACAUGAUCUCCACGCCCACAGAUUGGUUCCACCUCACCACGGAGGGGGCUGAUCGGGCUCAUCGGUUUUGGGGUGCUUUCAAUCUGGUGGGGACAUUCCUGCACGUGAUCUGGUAUUGGCAUCGAGUAUACCAGCUAAGCCGCGGAGAAGAGAAGGGACUUGAGGCUGCAGCAGAGACGGCUGACGGCUGA